AUGUGGCUGUGCCUGGCCGAUGGCCGCGCGCGCAGCACCGCCGACCUGAAGCGCCUGGCGACAGCCGCUCGGGUGCGAGCGAAACGAGCAAGAGAUGCAGCCGCCGCGAACACGCGCGAUCGGCAGGCGCGCGACCAGCGCCGCCGGCAGCGUGAGCAGCACGACCGGCGCGCAGCGCCGGCGGUCGCCAAGACCGUGCGCCCACAACGCGGCCAGUGCGGCUGCCCGGCGCACGCGGUGUGCGGCAUGUGCGUCGACCAGGGCAAGCUCGCCGCGGCCGAGCAGGCGGCCAUCGACCUGGAGACGCGCUUCCACGCCUCGACGAACGUCGUCAUGGACCUGGAGCGGCCCGAGGACGAGACGGAGAGGACGAUUAUGAUCGGCGACCCCGCCGGCGGCGACACGUACGACGACAGCCUCAACAAGAUCCUCGCCAAGUCAGCCUUUUGCCGCGCGACUGGCCCGCUGGGCAAGAACGGCGCGUGCGACAUCACUCCGACGGCCUGGCACGACGGGACGCCGAUGGCCGAAUCUCCGCCGGCGCCGCCACCGCUGCAGCCAGGUUGGACGUUCGAUACUCCGCCCGGUGCGGCCGCCUUCUACAAGCAGCCGGCGCUCAAGCGCGCACACGCGAAGAAGUUCGCCGACGCCGGCUCGCCCGGGGCCGUCUACGCGGCACAGCGCGAGCGCUGCCGCGCCGCACUCCGCUGGGCGCAUGCGCCGCACCCCGCGCUGUCUUCGGAGGACGGCGCCGGCACGCUGCUUCCCGCCUUUUACCGGACGCUCGACUGUCUGCACCGGUCGGGCCGGUCCUUCUCGGUCGUGCUGCGCACCUUCGGCUCUGACCUCCCGCGCGUGCAGGCGGCCAUCAACGCCUUUGCGCGCGGAGAGCAUCCCGACUACCCCGAGG